UCAUGCUCCGUGCUGUUGAUCACCCGGGAGAAACAAAACCAGCUAAGCAGGAAGCGUUAGCUUUAGAGAAACAAUUUAGAGCGAUUUUCACCUUUUAGAGGAAUUAAGAUUAGUACCUUAAAGAUGUUUUAAGUAAAUUAGCUUUAAAGUAGCUCGGAGUGAGUCGUUAUUUCACGUCUUCUACCUCAUUUGUGUGGCCGCAUCUCAGUAUAUCGAUGACCGAAAAUGUUGAAAGAUUUCAACAUUUAAAGGUAAAGAUGCUGUCCACCGGAGAUGUCCAAGGUUGUCUCCGUAAACUAGAGACUCUCCUGCGAGUGAUAAAAUACCCAGGACAGGUCGACUACAACAGCCUGUCCAAAGGAGACCCCUCUGCUUUCCUUCCCAUUGUGAGCUUCACCCUCACCUCCUUCUCUCCACCUUUCGCCGAGCAGCUGACGGCGGCAGGAUUUGAGUUGACGGGCAAAACAGACCUCCGCUUCACCGACACUUUUUACAAGGUGCUGAGAGAUAUCUUCCACUAUAAGCCCGUCCUGACCAAGCAGCAGUUCCUGCAGUGGGGUUUCUCUCAGAGGAAAAUCUCUGUGGUGUGUGACGUCAUUAACUUUGUGCAGCAGAAACACAACCAGCUGAAGAAGCCCAGAGUCAGAUGUCCGGCCCAGAACAAGGAGGGCAGGCCGGACGGCAGAGGAGAAGUUCAGCCCACACUAAUCGCGCCUGAUCAGCCACUCGUAGUGAAUCACACAGAAUAUCAAUCCAUCUUCCAUGCAGAAAGGUUCUCCUCCAGUUCUCCUGGAAACAUGAUCACAGAGGAGGAGGCAGAUGAGGAGGAAGAGGAGGAGGAAGAUGAGCAGGAGGGCGACCGCCUUCAGUCUCACUCAGAGCUAGAGGGACGACUCUCAGCUCUGGAGGCCCAGCUACAGAGUCUGCAGCCUGGACUGGACCGGAUCAGAGUCCUGGAGAGACGCCUGGAAGACCUGGAGAGACGGAGACACACAGAUAAGAGUGAAGGUGACGUGGUGAUCAUCUCCAGAGAGAGCUGGGAGAACCUGAUGAGCAGAGUCGUUCUUCUGGAAACUCAAUCAGAACUUAGAGACACACAGCUCAGUGUCCCACCGCCGUGUGUGUCCUCGUCCUCCGCCUUCUCCAACAUGUCUGUUGCCUCAAAGGAGGAUCUGAAAGAGAGGCUGGAGAGGAUAACAAACAUGAUGAAGAGCACCUCCAGCCUGCUGAAGAACUCUGAAUCCUCUACAACAGACUGCAAAUAAUCUAAUAAAAUAAUCAUUGUAUCCAUUGUAAAUGUAUCCAUCCGCCUGUUUUUGGUGUUUUAUGAUUAUAAACUUGGUAAUAAACUGGACAAACGUGAUUCUAACUUCUA